UGCAUCUGCGUGCAGAUACUGUGAGAAGCUUAAAACUCUAUCACCGUAAUCAUAACACCUACAAGAAGCUGUUUUCUAGCUUGCCUGACAGGGGAUGAUGAUCAUUUUUUUACAUCCCCUUUCAAGGUGUAGAAACUUCCUUUUUCUGUAAAGUCUCAUUCUCGGAGUGAGGCUGUGUGUGACAGACUGAUACAAGUGGGUCCUCUGAGUUUUUAUUAUUUUCAGAAAUCCAGUUGUAGUCCCACAUGAGAUGGAGGCUCAGACAGUCAAGUGGUUGGUUUUUCUGGCCCUAAUAAAACAUGUUUCUACAAGUCCCUUUAAACUAGAACCUGGUGGGCUGCUGGCUACUGAGGGAUCCUGUGUUGAAAUUAAAUGCCAAGUCACAAGAGAUGUCGAUGAUCAUGAUGCAUACUGGUUUUGGAUGAAAGACUAUACAUCCACUGUCAUUUACAGCACAAACACCGUGACACGUCCGGUCAGUCCUGACUUUGCAAACAGAGUGAAUUACAUUGGUUCUCCAUCUUCAAGUUGGCAGAAUGCUAACUCUGCCGGGCCGAAGCCACUGUGCAAUAUUUUGAUCUGUGACCUGAGAAGAAGUGACAGCGGAAAGUAUUCUUUGAGAUUCGAAGGGAGGGAGCAAUGGUCAUCUGAAGAAGUUACCCUCAGUGUUGAAGUAAACCGAUGCCCGCUCACUUUUGAGGGACCAGCUGCUGUGGUGGAGUCCGACGUGGUCACACUCACAUGCUCCACUUCAAGUUCAUGUCCUUCACACCCUCAGAUUCAAGAUGUGACUCAGAUCGACCGGACACAGGUCACAGGCUAUCAUCAGGAUAAGGAGAGAACCACCACCUUCAGCUUUACAGCCAGCAGGGAGGAUGAUGGGAGAGAGUUUUCAUGCCAAACACAGGACAACACGGACAAAUAUUUGAUCAGGAAUAUUAAAGUCACUGUUAAAUACCCGCCCACUGAACCUAAACUGUCUAUGAGGUCUGAGGUCACAGAAGGUCAGACCAUCGCCGUCAGCUGCACUGCUGAAAGUUUCCCACAGUCAACUCUCACCUUGAUGAAGAUCAACACAAAUCCUCAGUCUUUAAAAAGCACUGAAAAUAGUAUUUAUUCACAAACCAGCAACUCUCUCUACCACACGUUUACUGUGACUUCAUCCGACGCUGGCUUGUACUUCUGCCGUGCCCAGAACACUGAGGGCUCAAAGGACAGCAAGCAGAAGAAGUUGGUGGUGAAAUACAGUCCCAAACAUGUGACAGUUCAAGCCAAUCCUGGUCUUGAUGUGAAGGAAAAUGUUUCGUUGACACUGAGCUGUUCUGCCGAGUCCAACCCACCAGUGAGCUCUGUCACCUGGAGGAAGACGACUGAUGGGAGAGAGGAAAUCAUCCAACAGACUCAGACUCAGAGCUUCAGGGUGAAUUCAGCCAGUCCCUCUGACAGUGGACUGUACAGCUGUGAAGCCACCAAUGACAUUGGAAGUGGAAAGUCACAGCCAGCUGAGGUUAAAGUCAGAUUUUCUCCAAAACACACACACAUCACGGAGUCGUCAGAGAAGCAGGAGCUUGACGGGAGGAGCUCCGUGAUGCUGAGCUGCUUCAGUCACAGCUUUCCCCCAGUCCAACACUACUCAUGGUACAGGAAGAGUCAGGAAGAGGAAAAGGAUGAACUUGUGUCUGAGCAUCAAAACCACACAGUGUACUCAAACCAGCCAGGAGUCUACUACUGCAUCGCACAAAAUGAAGCAGAUCAAAGUUUGUCUGAUCCCGUCCAUCUGUUUGAACCCACAGGAAACAGUCUGCACAUCCUGAAGUUCCUCCUUCCUGCUCUACUUGUCCUGAUGAUUAUCUUUUUAAUCGUCGUAGUUUUAAGAAGAAGGAAGAAGAAAUCAUUUCAACAAGGAACAACAAACAGAACAUUCUUAAUUGUUUGUUUGGGUUGGUGGAAUGGUACCAGGAGGAGGAGUCUGACAAAUGACAACGUCUCUGUGGAGCCUUUCAGGAACAGAGACGACCUCUUAUCAGAGCAGCUGAGGCAUGUAUUGGCCCAACGACACCAGCCUCUUCCAGACAGCACGCCUCUGACCGACAUCAACGUUGUUUACAGCAUUUUGAAACUGCCCCAGGUCGCCCCUCAACAAAACCCCACAAGACAGCAAGAUGGAAACACCGAGGAGGAUUCUGUCAUCUAUGCUUCUCUGGUCUUUAAGAAUAAGAUAAAUAACAAGGAAACAAAGGUGGAAGAAGACUCUGUGUAUGCGAAGGUGUCCAACCCAACACGAGUUAAAAAGAAUGAACCAGAGAUCCUGCAGGACUAUGAAAACAUUAGUAAUGCAGCUGCACGUGCACCAACAUCUCCAAAUCUAUUGGACGACCACACCAGUGAAGGUGAAGUGGAGCUGAACUUUCCACAGGUGAGAUUCACAGCGACGCCCCGACAUCAGACGACCAACAGAGACUCCAGCAGCUCACACCAAGAUGAGAGUCUUUACUCUAACGUCAGGAUUUGACCCGAUAUGUUCUCGUCCUGCUUUUUACAGCUACCUCGGGCCUGAGGAAGUUUAUAUUCACAAUAAGUCAUCACAGAGAGUCUGAAGAGUUCAUGUGUUCAAAUAAAUAGGUCGUAAUCGGAAAUCUACAGUAUUUUAAAGCUACAACAAAACCGCGCGUGUUGCCAUUAAGAGUAUUUUAAUACUAGUUAGCAAGAAGGCACAGAAGUCACAUUACUGAGCUAAAAUGUAUAAAUGUUUAAAACUGUUAAUUAAAGGUUUUGGGGGAAAUAGUGAACUCAGCUAAAUGUGAGGGAUAAAAGGUUGAAAUCUUUAUUUUGCAACUUAAAAUGUAAAUAAUGUGAGUGUAAAAUGAUUGUAUAAUUAACUUUUUAUAUAAUCUAUAAAUGACAUGCAGUUAGAUAAGAAAUGCUGAGAAUCACUGCUGAAUUUUUUUUUUGUCCUUUCCAGUGUUGUGAACUUAAUCCAAACCCACACACCUGAAAUGUAAAUAUCCUGUAGCUCAAAAUAAAAUAAAAUAUGUUGGAACUAA